AUGAGCGCUCAUAUUUUACUGUUGACACUUUUUGCUUCUUCCAUAAAAACCCAAACUUUCAAUACACAUCCUUCGAAUUUUAUAUCACUUCCAGCUACACCCACCAAGUCACUCUGUACUAUCACAUGUGCUACUUUUACGACGGGAGUGCCUCUAGUCUUGGACGAUAUCCGCUGUCACUCCCAAAAUUUAAAGCAAAUUAAUAAAGAGCAUGAAGAAUACUUGUGGUAUUUCAGAGCUUUAGGACUUCCUACUAAAUUAGCUCCAUAUCGAUCUGACACAGUUUACCCGGCAAUGAUAGCUACUAUGCUAUCCCAAUAUGAAUAUGUUCUUAUAUGUGAUAAAUCCAACAUCCGAGUGUCUGGAUCACCACAAUACUAA